UAGAGCCCGCAUCUUUCGUCGCUACAUUUAUUUCUGUCCGGAUAUCCCCUGUUUAUUUGAUUAUUUAGUGUUAUUUCAAUGGAAAGUGACUUCAUUUCUAUUUGCCGUAAAUAUACAUGUAUUUAGCCUGCUGCACAGUUUUUUUUUUUCUAUUUAUUUUGUCGUGAUGCCCAUUGUGGUGAUGAUGAUAGUGAUGGGUGUGUUAAUGGUAAAGAAAAUAAUGAAAAAAAAUGCAACCAAAAAAAUAUUUUAAAGCGAUACGCUCCAAAUUAGUUAAAACUAAGUCUAUAACAUUUUAUCCCGUUCUACCGCUGCCAUUUUACUUUUAAAAAAUUACCGACUAUAUUUACUUUACGAUGCUACACAAAUUUUAUCGUCAAUUUAACACGACUAAAAUUUUGUUUCAUACAUUUUAUAUACAUUUAUUCCAGAAUCAGCUACGAAAGUAAUGCUAUUGAGUUGAUCGAUUAGUUAUGAAUUCUAUUUAUAUAUAUCGCUUAGUUUGUCCUUACUGUCGGUAAUGUCUUAUAGAAGACUUUAUUAAUUUCUUGCUUCUGUUAAUGGCAUCAUAUUCCUAUAAUUUAAUUAUAUCUAUUUAUAUCAAGUAGUGAAGAAGAAAGAUAUCGGAAAACAGAAACUUCUCACCCACAUAAAUGAAGAAUGACAUUAUCGUGUAUUAUGACAUCACUUAUAUAACCUUCAAGUAAUUUAUAUGUUAUGUAAAGAAAGGAAUCACAUUCGUAUUUGAGAAACACCAUGGAGGACACAUCUGAGAAUCAGAUUCUUACUGAAAUAAAAUCUGAGAAAAAAGAUGCUGAUGAGACACAGUUAGGUGUCGCAAAGAAAUUAUACACUUGUGAUGUCUGUUUACUAAUAUUCUCUGAUAUUGAAAGUUUGAAUAAUCACAAACAUAUCCACACAGACAAAAAGCCAUAUCACUGUGAUAUCUGUGGUAAAAUAUUCAAUGUCCGUUCAAAAUUAACUCGUCAUAAGUCUACUCACACAGGUGAGAAACCAUAUCAGUGUGAUAUCUGUAGGAAAACAUUCUCACAGAAAAACAAUUUAACCCGCCACAAUCGUAUUCACACAGCAGAAAAUGCAUUCCACUGUGAUAUCUGUGGCAAAACAUUCAAGGCCCUUGGGAAAUUGGCGUCUCAUAAACGCACUCAUACAGAGAAGAAACCUUACCGUUGCCAUACCUGUGGUAAAGCAUUUGCUAAAAGUAAAACAUUAAUUAACCAUAAACGCACUCACCUCAAUGAGAAACCAUUUGAAUGUGAUGUCUGUGGAAAAGCAUUUUCCAAAAAUAAACCAUUAGUUAUCCAUAAACGUGUUCACACCAAAGAAAGACCAUAUGAAUGUGAUGUGUGUGGCAAAACAUUCUCUCAGAGUGGGUAUUUAACUUCUCAUAAACUUAUUCACACAGGAGAGAAACCCUUCCACUGUGAUAUUUGUGAUAAAACAUUCUCUCGAAAAGAUUACUUGAAGCGUCAUACACGUAUUCAUACUGGGGAAAAACCAUAUGAAUGUGAUGUUUGUGGUAAGGCAUUCUCUGGAAGUGCAAAUCUAACGUGUCAUAAGCGUAAACAUACAGGUGAGAGGCCAUACGAGUGUAAUAUCUGUGGUAAGACUUUCUCGACAACUGGAAAUUUAUCAUCUCAUAAACGUAUUCAUUCAAACGAGAAACCAUACCAGUGUGAAAUCUGUCAUAAAGCAUUCUCUCAAAAUGCACAUUUAAGUAAUCAUCGAACUGUUCACACACGUGAGAAACCAUAUCACUGUGAUGUCUGUGGCAAAGCAUUCUCUAUAAACGGAGAUUUAACUCGUCACAAACGUAUUCACACCAUUCAGAAACCUUACCAGUGUGAUACCUGUGGUAAAAUGUUCUCUACAAUGGAGAUUUUAGCAACUCAUAAAGUUAGUCACACAGAAACUGUACACCAGUGUGAUGUCUGUGGUAAAAUAUUUUUGAAAAAGAGAUAUUUAGUGAGGCACAAACACAUUCACUCAGGGUCGAACUCAUAUCACUGUGAUAUCUGUGAUAAAGAUUUCUCUACACGUGAAGAUUUAACUAUCCACAAGCACAUUCACACUGGUAUAAAACCAUACCAAUGUGAUGUCUGUGGUAAAAUAUUUGCCCAGAAAAGAUAUAUAAUUAAGCACAAACGUAUUCACACAGGUGAGAAACCAUACCACUGUGAUACAUGUGGUAAAGCUUUCUCUCGAAGUGAAUAUUUGACACUUCACAAACGUGUUCACACCAAAGAAAAAUUAUAUACGUGUGAUAUCUGCAGUAAGACAUUUUAUGAUAAUAUAACUUUGACUGAACAUAAAUAUAUUCACACACAAGAUGAGCCAUUAUUUAAAUGUGAUAAAUGUGGUAAAGAAUUCACACACAAAUCUACUUUAUGUAUUCACCAGCAUGUUCAUGCAAUAGAGUAAUUAUACUCUGUACAGUAUUGGAGCUGGCUCAUUAAUAUAUGUUAACACAUGAUAGCUAUCCAUUUUUUGCAAUACAUUAAAGCUGUAACUACUACCUCUGCUGAAGCACAUUGCUAAACUAAUCAUGUUGUUAACCAAAAAUUUUGAUGUGGCCAAUAUUUGCCAGUAUUAACUUUAUUAUUGAAUAAAAAAAAUCUGUUUCAGUCCAUGUCUUCCUCUUUUCCGCCUCUAUCCCAACUCUGAGUGAUUGAAACUGACCUCUUUGGUAUAUUCCUUCAGAUCUUUCAUACAACCAGUUCCCUUGAAGUUCAAAAUCUCCACAUUGUUUACUCAAAGCUUUGUUGCACAAAGAACACUGCCUGUAAAACAUAGAAUAAACCAUCAACAACAGCAACAACUCCAUUUUGGGAAUUGCUCUAAGUAAAGCAGAAAGUUGUCUUUGUGCACAACAUAGCCUGGACGUUCUCUUCCUUCCCAGACUGCAGCAGAGUGUUCUGGUCUCUUACCAAGAGACUCUCUUCUUACUUCGUAGAAUCCUCAGGAAAAUAACUAUAUAAGCAGCACAUCAGUUGUAAAAACUUUAUAUUUUCUCCUUGCAUCAUCAUCAUCAUCAUCAUCAUCAUCGUUUAACGUCCGCUUUCCAUGCUACCAUGGGUUGGACGAUUUGACUGAGGACUGGUGAAACCGGAUGACAACACCAGGCUCCAAUCUGAUUUGGCAGAGUUUCUACAGCUGGAUGCCCUUCCUAACGCCAACCACUCAGAGAGUGCAUCACUUAUAUAACUCCACAUAAUGCCAAACAAAACUCCCUGCAAUUUUCCUUCCAGUUUCCAUAUUCACACAAUAUUCACAUUCAAAUAUCUGAUGAUUCAAUUGAAGUAUCAAGUCCUGACUUUAUUCUUUCUAUCACUCUCAAGCAAAGCACCUAUUCUGUCCUUGUUAAGCCAUUCACUCUCUCUCUCUCUAUCUCUCUCUCUCUCUCUCUCUCUCUCUCUAUCUCUCUCUCUCUCACUCACACACACACACACACACACACACACACACACAUGAGCUCCCAGUCCAUGAAAGCAUGUGGCUGUGUGCAUUGCUGAAAAUGGGUAACUUCAGGACCCAUUGACUACAGACCUAUAUUUAUAAUGCUCUCUCCGCUAUCUCGAGAACUGAUGGAUGGAAACAGUUGUAAACCACUUUCUCUGACAACUCAUUGUUUUGAUCUAGAUCAACUAGAGACACUUGCUUUCCUCCAUUAUUCACCAGUUCUCGUUCUUUGGAACUCUGGUGAAAGCAGUGUUGUGGUACUUGAAAUCAGCAAAUUCCUCAAACAUGUUUGCCAUGAAAACAUUUUAGCUAAAUUACCCCAACUAUAGUUUAUGUCUCUAUCAUUGACUUCUUGUCAGACCUUUGCUGAUAAUGUUCUCUUCAAUCCUGAGCUUAUACUUUUGGUCUGUUAUAAUUGUGAUUGUCUCCAUGUCAUCUCUAUACUUAUGAUUCUACACUAACCCUUGAAACUUCUAUAUACAUUAACAUUGGUGCACAACCUAAAUAUUUUACGCCAAACCUGCUUUACCAUUUUGCACAGGGCUCUUGAAAAUGUCCAUCAAUUAGAAUAUAACACUCUAGUCUGUUUCAACAGCAUAUAAACACAAAUCAAAGUAACAGUCUUGUACUUCACCUCAUCUAGUUAUGGACAACACAUAAGUAAAAUCCAUCAAAGUCCCUAAAAUGAUUUCCUAUGGUGAUCUCCUUGUUCUAAACACUACACCCAAUCCUACCCUGAGCUGCAACUUACUGGAAUUCUUGUUUGGCCUACAUUUUUCCUGUGAACAUAGCUUGAUGUCUGCAACAGCCUAAAUCUGGAAAGGUUUUACUAACUUAAAAAAGUUAUGAUCGCAUAUAUCAGAUGGAAUAAAUAUUGUGUACAAAAUGAAUCCAUCAAGUAGUCUAGAUUUGACGAUAACGCAUUAAAACUAGACAGUGUGCUGGGCUGAAUCUGAUUUAGAUUGAAAAUGUGUUCCUAAAAAUGUCAGACCUGUGUGAACUUAUAGAAAUUUUUACCCCAAUUUCAAAGGAUGACUAAAUGUAAUCUUGUAACAAGAAUGAACUCAUUUGCUGUAUGGUGUUUAUAAUUGUUCUCAUAUCAUUGUAGUAUUUGUGGUAAAAAUUUACUUGGAAUACACUUGAUUUGACCACAAACUUAUUCGUGGAAUUGAUAACUAUACAGCAAUAUACACAGUAUAACAUUUUCACUGAGCAGUAUAUUAACUGUUCAUGAACAUUCAUAUAGGUGGUAUCUAUGGUAAAAGUGGGAAAAUUGAGUGUUUUAUGAAAUUUAAAUAGAAUAAAUUCAAAGUUUCAUCAUUUGACAUCACAAAUACUUGAGGUUUUAAAAGAAUUAUCCAUUAUAAAUUCCGUGAAUGUGUCUUUUACCCCUUUGAAAUAUUUUCAUGUUACAUUAUUCCAGCCAUUUCACUUUUCCCUCUUCGGCUGACAGAAGUUAGCGGUUAUUUUUGUAAACUUUGAUCCUGAACCCUCCAAUAUAGUAUCAGUGAUACUUAAGCUUGUAUGUGUUUCUGUAGCCAUUUACUUGAUCAAUUUUUAUGAAUGUAGUGUAACUUCUGAUUAUAUUUUAUAUAAAUAUAUGAAGCCAUGUGUCCAAUUAUUAAUGUUCGAAAAUGUGUUGUUGCAUUUCCAAUUAGUUUACUUUGGAUUAACUGUAAUAAUUAGUUUGAUUAUAUACAUACAUUUAUCAUAAUUUCAUUGCCAUUAAUUGCUAACAAUAAAUGUGUAUUUUGAAAAUUAAUUGAUAUAAGGUUUAUCCUUUGAAAGCUUGUUUCUCAUGAAAAUAUCUUCAAAAUUAUAUAAUGCCAAAGAAAAAGAAUAUAUAUAUAUAUAACAAAUAGAAUGCAAAGACUGAAGAAUAAAUAAAAUGUAUGAAAUUAUUUGAAAAUAAAAUGACUAUCAAUGUU